AUGGCACCACCUGAUGCUGGAACUACAGCCAAACCAGGCACACCUGAUGCUGGAACUACAGCCAAACCAGGCACCCUGAUGCUGGAACUACACGCCAAACCAGGCACACCUGAUGCUGGAACUACAGCCAAACCAGGCACACCUGAUGCUGGAACUACAGCCAAACCAGGCACACCUGAUGCUGGAACUACAGCCAAACCAGGCACACCUGAUGCUGGAACUACAGCCAAACCAGGCACACCUGAUGCUGGAACUACCAGCCAAACCAGGCACACCAUGAUGCUGGAACUACAGCCAAACCAGGCACACCUGAUGCUGGAACUACAGCCAAACCAGGCACACCUGAUGCUGGAACUACAGCCAAACCAGGCACACCUGAUCUGGAACUACCGCCAAACCAGGCACACUGAUGCUGGAAACUACAGCCAAACCAGGCACACCUGA